AUGCCAUACGCCACCGCCGCCACGGUCGCCCGCACUUUUGUUUCCACCUGGGUCGCAAGGUUCGGUGUCCCUUCUCAGAUCACCACCGAUAGAGGCAAGCAAUUCGAAUCUCGACUACUCACAUCACCGACGGAGCUCCUCGGUACCAACCGUUGUCGCACGACUGUUUAUCACCCAUGUGCCAACGGUAUAGUCGAGCGCUUCCACCGUCACCUGAAGGCGGCCAUCAUGGCCUAUGGCAAUUCAUCCAAAUGGCACGACUGUCUUCCAUUAGUCCUCCUGGGACUUCGGGCCUCGUGGAAAGAGGAUUUAGGCUGCACCGCUGCCGACCUGGAGUACGGCACCAGCCUUGCCCUUCCGGCCCAGUUCUUCGAGCCCACUCCCUCAACUGCCAUUAACCCCUCGGACUACGUAGAGGACAUGCGUGAGCACUUCUCCCACAUCACACCCACUCCUACGCGAGCACACCAGUCCGGCAAGACGUUUCUCUCUCCGCAACUCACGUUUUCUUCCGGACCGAUGCUUUGA